ACAACAUGGCGCCUCCCACCCUGAUGAGGAAAAGAAGCCGAUUUUAAUUGGUUUCUCAGAUUUCCGGGGACAGUGCGGCGAAGAAUUGCGAAGGAGAUCUUGCGGGGUUUAGUAGGCGACACAAAGAAAGACGUAACGCAGUUAGAAUUGGGAAGCGUUUAAAUUAGGGUCUUGUUAUGACGUUAUUUCACUUCGGAAACUGCGUCGCCCUGGCGUACGUGCCGUACCUCCUCACUUACAAGUACUCCGGAUUGUCUGAAUAUGGAGCAUUCUGGAAGUGUGUGCAGGCUGCAGCAAUGUAUAUCGUUAUGCAGCUUUGCAAAAUGCUGAUCCUGGCAACAUUUUUUCCCCCUGGUGAUGUUUCCUCGGUUGGCGGUUUCGAUGUUCUUGGGGUGCCCUUCCGAAUGGAUGUGGAGUUCCUCAAGGCCACUGUUGAUCUUGCCGACCUUGUGGGCCUGCACAUAGUGAUGACCAAGGUGGCCGGCAAGGGCGAGACCAAGUUCUUGGUCGCUGGUCUGGGAUGGGCCAGUGCUGAGCUGCUCAUGACUCGCUUCGUGCCUCUCUGGGUCGGCGCCCGUGGCAUGGAGUUUGACUGGCGCUAUGUGCAGCUCAGCUUUGACUCUAACAUUUCACUGGUUAACCACAUCAGCACAGCCACACUGGUUUGGCUGUGGAACCGACAUGAUCUGCGCAAGGUUCACCUUCCCGUGGUGACAGUGCUGCUUGCCAUCACCUGCUACCGCUCACUGCUCGUUGAGCUCAUGGUGCAAACCUUGGCAUUUGGUCCUUGGCUUGUGUUGGCCGUCAAACUGAUGGCAGCCAUCAGUGUUGGUCUUAGCGCCCUGCACAUCUACUUAAGCCUAACGCAAAGCAUGAACUCGUACUGAUGCUUUCCAUUCUUGCUUUGCAAUGCCAUCCUGUCAUAGUCACCGCAUCGAUAACCUUAAGUUUAUGUUUAGAAAUACAAAAGUAUUUUUACAGUUCUA